AUGUCGUUCGUGCGCGUAAUUACGUGCGCGAUUAUUAUCGUCGUGGCGGUAAAUUGUAAUUCGAAUCAAAAUGAGACUGUAAUCAGUUAUCUGCAAAAAUACGGCUAUCUGGAUAACAGCAACAACAACAGUGUACAGCGAUUUUCAUCAUCCUACAACACUACGCAGGAGUUACAUCGAGCCAUCUUACUGUUUCAAAAUUUCUAUCGACUAUCCGGCAACGGCGAAUUAAACAAAGAAACGCUGAAUCGAAUGCGUAAACCGCGAUACGGCGUCGAGGACAUUUUGGAGCGCACGUUCGCUCCGCUUUCGAACAAAUGGCCGAAGAAACAUCUCAAAUGGAACUUUUAUCUGGCCAACGAGCGGAUCUUAAAAACGGCCCGAGCCGCGUUCGAUCUGUGA